AUGCACAAUCCAAGACAAUCAUCUUCCUUCCCUUCUGUUCCUCCCUCACAAUCUCUCCAACCAGUAAGGUUGCCAAAAUCAACAGGCCAAUAUUAUCAAUUGAACACCUUGACAGCGAGUGAUGCUACUGAACAGAUCAAGUCACUAGUCGUUCUGUCUGAUCCUAAGGCUGGUGUUGCUAGAUCUCCUUCAACUGUUUCUGUUCUAUCUGCUUCAUCAUUUAGUGUUCAAUUUACUGGAUUGACUAGCAAUGCUCGAUUCACAUUAUUAAUUGCUUAUGGAUUUGCUUAUUUGGAUGUGGAAACUACCAGUUAUGUUCAAUUAAUUAUGAUAUCCUCACAGUCAGUGUAUAACUAUGCUACAGGAACAGCUCAAAUUGAGACAUUUGCUUUACAGAACUCGUAUGAGAGCUCAUUGGGUCAAUUUUGUUUAUCUAAUUUAUCUCCAUAUGCAUUGACAUAUCUUUCUCAAAUUGAUAAUAUUCGAAACAAUGUAUUUUCAUCUCCAUAUCUUCAAUCUCAAAAAUUAAUUCUCAAUGGUAAAUGGAAUGGACAACCAACUUUACAAAAAAUUACAGAAUUUGUUUCGAAUGGAUUCACCUAUCAAUUGAAGAGUAGUAUUGAUAUCCAAUUCCAAGAAUUAGCAAAUACUCAAAUCAUAAUUCCUUUACAAUUCAAGAGACAUAUUGGAGCUGUCUUUGAAAAGAUUGAUAUUGAUGAUUUCAAGAUUAGUGAAAGACCAGCUGAUCCGCAAGAAUUGGAAAGUCUAUUCGAAAGGAUACGUCAAGAAACUAUCUUUUACAAGGUGAGUCUUGAUCCUAAUACCGCUCCAGUCUCUCAGGAAUAUUUAACAGGAGCAGCUGCUGAAACUAAUGUUGCCAUUCUAAUGACCUAUGCCUAUUACUGGGCAGAUUUCUUUGAUUGGUAUCGUAAUCCAAUGGUCAGAGUGAUAAUCAAGGAUGGUAUUAUUGGAAUGAUUAGUAUUUCAGUGGCAGGUCUCAAUUAUUUCACAUGUCCUUAUGGUUCUCUUCGUAGUGAGAUACAACACUUUACUCAGGGAGACUCCUACCAUUCGAUUGGUUAUUCCUCCAUCCAUUCGAUAUACACAUUUGCCUAUGAUCAAAAGAAUUGGAAAAUCAAUACGCAAGUGAAUAUCAAUACUAAUGGAAUGGUUGCAAAUGUUGCCAGCCUGUCAAAUUUUGAAAAUUCCUUGAGUUGCAUUGAUGGAAAUUUCAAAGUAACCCUCUCGGAUAAUGUACUAGCAGAUUAUGAAAGCUUUUUCACUGAUAACUAUAUGAUUUCCAAGAUUGAUACUAGAAUGUCCAUUCAGUCAAUUGAAAAUUUUACACUUCUCUACGUUGACGAUUUGGGAAGUGAAUUCACAGGCCCAUUAAUUACACCAGAGAGUUUCGUUGGAGAUUUGCAAUUCAAUCCAGGAUUUUGUGAUGAAACUAUUGGUACUGGAUUAGGAAAUCAAUUAUCUUACUAUUUUUCUUCUAGUGAUUUUUCAGUCGAAAGGUUUCCAGAAUAUUCGACAAGAUUGAGCUAUGAAAAUGGAGUUUCUUAUCUUUCAGAUACAAAUUCUGUUGGUUUAAAGUAUUCCAAUCAUGAAUAUUUGCAGGAUUUCUCCAUAGAAAUUGAUCAAUCUAUUCUAUUAUAUAAGGAACCCAAAGUUUCAUCUGUGAAUUUCACAUUAAUUCCAAAUCGUUCAGAAUGGAAUGAAAUGAAUGCUACAAUUCAAAUAUUUUCCUUUAACAGUGGGGAUUGGGGUGGUGAAUUCACUGUUGAAUUGACUUGUUCCUAUCCAAUCAUAAUUUCCAAUAAUUCGCCUCAGAAAUUCAACGUGGAGCCAGGACAAAACUUUACAGCCUUCUUCACUGUCAAGAGUGAUUUCGACUCGUGCAAAACUGUAUCCCUCCAAUCUGUGUGUGAUUUCAAAAUUUCCAUCAAGAAAGAACAAUUGUGGACUAAUCUAGAAAAGGAAAUUUCUGCCCAUGAAUCUGUGGCCAUAGAUUAUGGAUAUUUCAUUCCAAGAUGUCAAGCCAAAUAUAAUGAACCAUUCCUCUGGCUGGAGAAUAUGACCCUAUCCUCUCCAUAUUUCCAGAGAAGUGCCCAUGAUGGAUUUGUCAACUCAAUUCUCGUAGUUUUGAAAACUAAUAGUUCAGAUUUAAUCCUUUCGAAUAUUGCAAGCGGUCUGUUGGCAGAUUCUAAUAAUCCAUUCCACUCAUGGAAAGAUUACUCAAUUAUUAUGCAACAUGCUGAAUAUUACAUGUUGAACUUUACGAUUUCAAGCACAAACGUUGCUAGAAUUUUAAGUGAACGAGUUGACCAAACGCUUUACACAUUCUCCCUCAAUUUAACUCUAUUAGAUAAUUAUAUUUGUUGGUCAACAAAUGGAAAAGGAGGAAUCUUCCCAUUUUCCUUUAGUGUUGCCUACGAUUGUCCAAUCGAGUAUACCGGUAUCCAAUGUGAUAUUCCAUUAUGUUAUGGAAUUAAUGCAACCAAUUAUACGAACGUAUGUUCAGGUCAUGGUGAUUGUGUAUCGCCAGAUUAUUGUUCCUGUCAUGCAAAUUACACAUCUGCCACCUGUUCUGUUCCUAUUUGUUAUGGUGUUCGUGGAGAUAAUUUAUCUACUUGCUCAUCCAAAGGUUCUUGUAUAGAUGCUAAUACCUGUACCUGUCAGAAUGGUUAUACAGGUGUCAAUUGUGAAAUUCCAAUUUGUUUCAAUGUUCCAGCUAAUUUUUCACAUUCAUGUUAUGGACAUGGUAACUGCAUUGAUCAUGAUCUUUGUUCAUGUAAUGAUGGAUACACUGCUUCAUUGAAUUGUUCACUUCCAAUAUGUUAUGGAUUAGAUUCUAGUCAGCUAAUUGUUUGUUCUUCACAUGGACAAUGUUUGGCUCCAAAUAAUUGUUCAUGUUUUGAUGGUUUUACAUUCGAUAAUUGUUCAAUUCCAAUUUGUUACAAUAUUGAUGCUUCCAAUAGUUCAGUGUGUACUGGAUUUGGUGAAUGUUAUUCUCCAAAUAAUUGUAAAUGUCAUGAAAAUCAUAUUGGAUUACAAUGUGAAAUUCCAAUUUGUUUUGGAGUUCCAUCAAAUGAAACUCAGUCGUGUAAUGGUAAUGGACAAUGUAUUCAAUAUAAUGAAUGUGUGUGUCAUUUAGAUUAUACAGGACUCAAUUGCUCCAUUCCAAUAUGUUUUGGAAGUAAUGCCACCAACCCAACUGUUUGUUCUUCGCAUGGCGUUUGCCAAGCACCAGAUCAAUGUCAAUGUCAUGAAGGAUAUACUGGAAUACAAUGUGAAAUUCCAAUUUGUUUCAACAUUCCAGCAACCAAUUCCAGCACAUGUUCAUUCCAUGGAGAAUGUAUCGACCAUAAUCUUUGCACAUGUCAUGAUGGAUACACUGCUGCAUUGAAUUGCUCCCUUCCAAUAUGUUAUGGAUUAGAUUCUAGUCAAUCAAUGGUUUGUUCUUCACAUGGUCAAUGUUUGGCUCCAAAUAACUGUACAUGUUUUGAUGGUUUUACAUUCGAUAAUUGUUCCAUUCCAAUUUGUUACAACAUAGAUGCUUCCAAUAGUUCAGUAUGUAGUGGAUUUGGUGAAUGUUAUUCUCCAAAUAAUUGUAAAUGUCAUGAAAAUCAUAUUGGAUUACAAUGUGAAAUUCCAAUUUGUUUUGGCGUGCCAUCAAAUGAAACUCAAGCUUGCAAUGGUAACGGACAAUGUAUUCAAUAUAACGAGUGUGUGUGCCACUCAGAUUAUACAGGAAUAGACUGUUCAAUUCCAAUAUGUUUUGGAAUUAAUGCUACUAAUCAAAGUCAUGUUUGUUUUUCACAUGGUAUUUGUCAAAAACCAGAUCAAUGCCAAUGUCAUGAAGGAUAUACUGGAAUGCAAUGUGAAAUUCCAAUUUGUUUCAAUAUUCCAGCUAUUAAUUCCAGCACAUGUUCAUUCCAUGGAGAAUGCAUUGAUUUCAAUCAUUGUUCUUGUCAUGAUGGAUACACUGCUUCAUUGAAUUGUUCACUUCCAAUAUGUUAUGGAUUGGAUUCUAGUCAGCUAAUGGUUUGUUCUUCACAUGGUCAAUGUUUGGCUCCAAAUAAUUGUUCAUGUUAUGAAGGAUAUACAGCUGAAAAUUGUUCCAUUCCAAUUUGUUACAACAUUGAUGCUUCCAAUAGUUCAGUAUGUAGUGGAUUUGGUGAAUGUACUUUUCCAAAUAAUUGUAAAUGUCAUGAAAAUCAUGUUGGAUUACAGUGUGAAAUUCCACUUUGUUUUGGCGUGCCAUCAAAUGAAACUCAGUCUUGCAAUGGUAAUGGACAAUGUGUUCAAUAUAAUGAAUGUGUGUGUCAUUCAAAUUAUACAGGAAUAGAUUGCUCAAUUCCAUUAUGUUUCAAUAUCAAUGCCACCAACCCAACUGUUUGUUCUUCGCAUGGUAUUUGUCAAUCACCAGAUCAAUGCCAAUGUCAUGAAGGAUAUACUGGAAUGCAAUGUGAAAUUCCAAUUUGUUUCAACAUUUCAGCUAAUGAUUCCAGUACAUGUUCAUCCCAUGGAGAAUGUAUCGAUUUCAUGAUCUUUCACUGUCAUGAUGGAUACACUUCAGCAAAUUGUUCAAUUCCAAUAUGUUAUGGAUUAGAUUCUAGUCAAUCAAUGGUUUGUUCUUCACAUGGACAAUGUUUGGCUCCAAAUAACUGUACAUGUUUUGAUGGUUUUACAUCUGAUAAUUGUUCAAUUCCAAUUUGUUACAACAUAGAUGCUUCCAAUAGUUCAUGUGAAAUUCCACUUUGUUUUGGCGUGCCAUCAAAUGAAACUCAAUCUUGCAAUGGUAAUGGACAAUGUGUUCAAUAUAAUGAAUGUGUGUGUCAUUCAAAUUAUACAGGAAUAGAUUGCUCAAUUCCAUUAUGUUUCAAUAUCAAUGCCACCAACCCAACUGUUUGUUCUUCGCAUGGUAUUUGUCAAUCACCAGAUCAAUGCCAAUGUCAUGAAGGAUAUACUGGAAUGCAAUGUGAAAUUCCAAUUUGUUUCAACAUUUCAGCUAAUGAUUCCAGUACAUGUUCAUCUCAUGGAGAAUGUAUCGAUCAUGAUCUGUUGCACAUGUCAUGA